CUCCACUGCCUGUGCAGCUUACUGCUAUGGACAGUGCUAUCACCCUGUGGCAGUUCCUCCUCCAACUCCUCCAAGAGCCUCAGAACAAGAAUAUCAUCUGUUGGACCUCCAACGACGGGGAGUUCAAACUGCUGCAGGCAGAGGAGGUGGCCAGACUCUGGGGAAUCCGCAAGAACAAGCCCAGUAUGAACUAUGAUAAACUCAGCCGUGCUCUCAGAUACUAUUAUGUGAAGAAUAUCAUUAAAAAAGUGAAUGGUAAGAAGUUUGUGUACAAGUUUGUUUCUUAUCCGGAGAUUUUAAAUAUGGAUCCACUUGUCGUGGGCCGUAUAGAAGGAGACCCUGAAAUGACUGGUUUUGCGGAAGUUAGCAGUGCUCCAAAGGAUGUGGAAAACUGUGGGAAGGAGAAGUCUCAGUCAUGUGCUAAAUCCUCCAGCCGCAAUGACUAUAUCCACUCAGGCUUGUACUCCUCUUUUACUCUGAACUCCCUGAACUCUUCCAGUGUAAAGCUCUUCAGGUCCAUUAAGAUUGAGAAUCCAGCUGAGAAACUGACAGAGAAGAAACCCGCUCAGGAUCCAACACCCUCUGUCAUCAAGUUUGUAACCAUGCCCUCCAAAAAGCCUUCAUCUGUCCCCCUGUUAACUGUCCCUGAAGCUCCAGCACCUUUGCCAAACUUAACCACCAGCUUCACCCCAACUCCACCCAUAUCCUCAGUUUCUCCCACUCUGCAAGUUCCUUCCACACCCCCGUCGCCACCCCUGAGCUCUAAUCCUGACCUGGACAUUGACACGGACAUAGAGUCCGUGGCUUCUCAGCAGCUGGAGCAGGCUCAGAGCCUUCAGCAUCAAUCCCCAGAGCCCAAAGAGCAGGAUUCAUCUGUGCUGGAGAAGGAAUUUGCCAAUCACCUCUCCAGAUCUAAAAAACCCAAAGGGCUGGAGUUGGCUCCUACUCUCGUCAUUACAGGCAGCGAUCCAAGUCCACUGGGGAUUCUGAGUCCCUCUCUCCCAACUGCUUCUCUUACUCCAGCACUUUUCUCUCAGACUCCCAUCUUGCUGACCCCAAGUCCCUUGCUCUCCAGUAUUCACUUCUGGAGUACGCUAAGCCCAGUUGCUCCUCUCAGUCCCGCAAGGUUGCAAGGUGCUAAUACACUCUUUCAGUUUCCAUCAGUGCUGAACAGUCAUGGCCCAUUUACUCUGUCUGGACUGGAUGGACCCUCUACCCCUGGCCCAUUUUCCCCUGAUCUACAGAAGACAUAGCACAUGAACUCAUGGAAGGGACAUAUUGGCAAGCAAGGGAAAGAUAUGACACUUAUAUUUAACCACGUUUUUUAAAUGAGCAAUUUAUAAUUCCACAGAGAUUAUCAACAAUCAUAGUUUUUGCCAUUCCCAAAUAAAAUGCCUUUUUUGCAAAAUUCCCUUUUUUGAAGACCUAGGUUGGGAAUGUAUAUGCAAACGCCUUAAUAGGAGCUGAAGCUCCAGUCUCUUCUCUUCCCUCCUUGGUUUGGAAGACUUCACUAUGGUUAAAGGGAGUUUUGGUUGGUGUUGCAGUAACUGAGUCUGCACUGAUUGCAGUGAACAGUAUCAGAGAAGUCUUUUCUCUGUGACUCUUGGAAAAACCCUCUGUUCUUCUGCUUCCUGUGCUUGGCAAGAAGAAAUCUAAUCACGAUCGAAGCUGGCAUUCCAGGAAAUGCUUGGGAAAGGAGUGUGUGCACUCAGCUUUGCCUUGGGGCCUGAUAACUUCUGCAGCAACAAAACAGCCCGCGUCUUUUCUGCUGUAAAAACAUCUUGUCUUUUUGCAGGGAGAAAUUUUCAAGGAAUAUUCAAUGAUUGUGUUACUGAGAUAUGGACAAUUUUUGAAUGGCAUUGUAUACCGACAGUCCAGCCCCUCAGAGAAGUGGUCUGGCUAGCUUCUGGAUGCUUCCCUGCCCUCCUUUCGGUGAGGAAGCAAGGUCUGGAGACAAACGAAUGGUGGGAUUAGUUCCUUUCAGUUCUCAGAAAGUUUGAAUG